CUCCGCUGACAGCAGCAGGUGCGCGACCUCCGGCCGUGUUUUUUAUGGUCCACCGCCCCAUCGGGAGUAAUGUUAUGCGCGACGCUAUGGUGGUCACCAACAAAGGGACUUUUUUUUGUACUCGGGGAGGGCUGUAGUUUGUAUGUAGUGAGGUCACGAACGUUCUAUCCUAGCGGUUUUUUUGCCAUGCAUCACGCAAAACGACCGGCAGUUUUCAAGCGGGCGGAAGUGUUUUUGCACAUAAAAAAUUUCCAACUAUCAAGCGGCCGGGGCUUUGCCAACAAACAAGCCCGGUCGAAAACUAUCGAUUCGCACUUGAUAAAACGACGCAGGGGAGCCGGCAAAAGG